UGGACACGGUGGAGUAGACAACCAAACACAAAACCUAGCUGCAACAUCACGGCAAGAUGCGGCGGUGGUGUUGCUCCUCCGCCGCCGGCCUAACCCGCCGCUUCCUCUCCUCCUCCACCACCUCCACCCCCCUCCAUGCCCAUGCCCAUGCUCGGCCACUCGUGCCCUCGCUCCCCUUCCGCCGCCACCACUCCCUCUCCCACGCGCCUCUGCCCAUGGCCUCCUUGUUCCACCCCACGGCGACCGCUCCCAUCGUCCGGCCUCCGGUGAUGGCGAUGCAGCUGCGCCACUACGCCAUCAAGGGCAGGUCCCGCGCGCCGAUCACGCCCACCGUCUCCAAAGUCAAGAAAUACAAGAUGAAGGCCCCCUCGUCCAUGAAGUUUCGCUUCAAAACGUUGAAGGACGGCCAGAUCCGCAGGUGGUGUGCCGGCAAGCGACACAAUGCACAUCUCAAGUCCAAGCAAGCAAAGCGUAGACUUCGGAAGCCUGCUUUGGUGCAUUUAGCUUAUGCAAAAGUUAUAAAGAAGCUCAACUUCUGUGGCUAGAAAAUGGAGGAAUGCAGGAUGGAGUUUGGCACUGGAAUCAGUUCGACGAAUAGUGGCUGCCAAUUUAUAUCUUUCUACUUUGUGGCUUGAUGCAUUGUCAUCAGAUUUGUGCUCCUAUCAUUUUUCUGAUACCAAUGAGCAUUUUACGGUGUACAAGCCAUUUGUUUUUGCACAAUCUUGUCUUGUUGAUAAUGGCUCCCUUGUGUUCUCUUAUGCACACGGAGAAGACUCAUCAUGCUGAUGAUGAGAAACCUGCUGCAAGCUAAAGAAACUGUAUGUUCCUUAUGCAAGCUUCAGAUUCAUCGAGCUUCAUAUGCCAACCUGAAGUUUAACUGUAGAAAUUCAGAGGACAUCGUUGACGUGUUGUUUGUUUCCUAAAACUGUGCACUUUACUACUGCUUUGAUUGUAUUGUGGCUGUGACCUUGAGA